AAAUUUAACUCUUUGGAUUCGGAUUGAAAUGGUCAACAAAAAAAAAAAAAAAAGAAAAAAGAAAUCAUAUCGAUGAAAAGGGAUCACGGGUCGUGGUACAAGAUACUUUAUAAGUAUUAGAUGAUGGAGAUAGCGGGCAAAAACGUCCUUCAUUCCCAACCAAAUGUCCCUAAUAAAAAAGAGACUCCUCAGCAUGAUCAUGCUCGUGGCAAGAAUUAUUGUCUUGUUCAUCGAAGAUAUUUUGAAACAAGUUGGUGUCCUGAUUGUGCUUGAUCCUUUCUUUCUUCAUUCAUCAUCAACAACAAAAAAAAAAAAAAAAGAAUCCAUAUAUUACUUCAUUAGCAGAUCAUUAACAAAAGUAAAAAAACAAAGCAUGAAAUCAUGUACUGAAGUCAUAUCAACAUCGUUAUCAAAAAAAUCAUCAUCAUUUUCAUUCUCAUUAUUCUCAUUAUCGAACAUCCCAUAUCAUAAUCAUGAUCUCCAUCAAUUAUCUUUAUAUAUUUAUUUAUCUAUUUUGUUAUCUGUAAUUUAUUCUUUGUACAGUCAUCUACCUCUCUUGUAUGAUUAUUAUGAUUUAUGAAUCUAGUCUGAAAAACCUUUACUUUUUAUCCAAUAAAGAAUUUUUCAAUAAGAAAAAGAAUGGAGUACAAGAAAAAUGGAUAUCACAUUCUAGUUGGUUGGACGAUCACCAUUUAGAUAAAAAUGGGAUGUCCUGUGGGAAAAAAAAAAAGUAAAAACGGUAAAUCAAUCUAAAUCAAUUCGUUUUUUUUUUUUAAAAAAAAAAAAGAA